ACGCGGGAAGUCUCUGUACUCGAACCCCAACACACCACCGUGUCCAGUCCAGCCCUGGCCAGUUCUCGGACACUUCCCUAUGUUCAGAGAUGACUUUCGGGCAAAAAUGAGAGAAUGGCGAGAACAAUAUGGCGGUAUCUACCUUGUCUAUUUUGGACGAGACGCUCAUAUCGUUGUUGGGGACUUUGGAAUUCUAAAAGAAAUCAUGACCAAACACUCAAACAAUCUCAUCAACACGGCACAUAGCUAUAGUACGAGUGUUGUUUGUUGCAGGUACGGAAAGUACCGCCAGCACUCUGUUGUGGUGUCUACUCUACAUGCUGCACUAUCCACAA